CUCCAUGUCGUUGCUCAAUCUGCUAGAAAUAACAGCCAAAGUUGUCCUCUAACCACACCAUGUCAUCUUAUAAAAAGGACACAUUUGAAAAUGUAGCCAUAUAUACGAAAUGACUGGAUAGAUGGUAUGGUUAGGACGGCCUGGGGUUAAACAACAAGAAUAAUAACAGCAUCAACAGACCACCACCACCACCACUACAACAACAACAACGAUUCUCCCAUCCACAGCCAAACUAGUCACAUACAAGAUACUGGGUCGGCCCUUUAAACAAUAGACACAAAAACGUCACAUGACUGUAGAAGCCUGUGUUAACAAUGUUAAUUACACACACAUAUACAUAUACAUGUAUGCACUCCUCUCUUCUAGUAGGAUUAGAAACUCCCAUCACACCCCCAGGGCAUCCUGAAACUAUUAGCCUCUCAGUUGAUCCUCAUCACCUGCUACAUCAAAUUCCACCACCACCACCACACAUAACUUCUCCCACCAGCAUCAUCGUCACCACCACCACUACCACCCACAAUUAACUGCUCAGUCUGAAUCAGACACUACCUGGCGAUUGUACUUCGAGGCUGUCUCAUCUUUAUUAUUGCAUAUUGUAUAUGUGUUUGGUUACUUCCUGGUUGUAAAGAACAACAAAAAGACAAGGAGGAAUUUAUUACCAAAGUAUCACUAACCACCACAACACACUCUAACCCAAAGCUAACUAUCCUAUGAACUUUCUCAUCACAUGUAAGCAUCACCAUCACGGUCAGCUACAAAGUACUACAGACCACAAGCAUCUCAAUAUACCACAGUCACCAGACUACAGUACAUUAUAAAGAACAAGAGAAAGAAGGACAAAAAAAAAAAACAUAUACAUAAACCAAAUAUUUUUGUUUAUAUAAAAUUAUAAACUUAUACACCAAGACAUGCCGGGACAGGCAAAUAGUGGCAACAAGAAAAUGAUGGACUGUCCACCAGCAUCUACUAAAUUAAUGUCUCUCUGUGAUCUCUGUUCCUGCUGGUGGAACUGUAUGAUAUUCAGUGAAUCAGCGACCAUGCCAGAUCCUUUCAUAAACAUCAUUCCAGACACCUUACCGGAGUCUAGCAGUCCUCAAGACAUAGUGACGCAACCAACAUCUACAGCUCUGGUCCCAGUAAAUGCUGAUAAAAGAUGGCAAUUUGAUGGUGGAAGGGUGAAGUCAAAUUUUGGCCACGUUUCCUUCUCAAAAGGGAAUAUGUCGAAAGAAGACAGGAAAAGAUUGAUGGACAUGAAAGAGGAGAGGCAUAAGAUCAAAUUAGAAAUUCUCAAACUGGAGAGGGAAAUGAUUAAGAAUAAAAUGCAGAGUGGUGAUGACACGAGAAUCAAACUGAUAACUGAAGAAGUUACUUUAUCAUAAAACUGAAGAUCACUGGUUUAUGCUGCUACAUUCCAGACUGAAUGGCUUUUUUUCUCUUUUUCUUAUUUUUCCAAAUUUUUGUAUAACUUUUUUCUUUUUUAUAUUUUGAUAAAUAAUAAAUAAAAUGAAGCAUU